AUGCAUAACUGGAUGGUUGGAUUGGACGCUGCUGGCAAGACAACCAUUCUGUAUAAACGCAAGUUAUGGGAGAUAGUCACCGCCAUUCCUACUGUUGGUUUUAAUGUGGAAACAAUAGAACAUAAGAACAUUUGUUUCACAGUGUGGGAUGUUGUUGGUCAAGAUAAAAUUCGGCCUCUGCGGAGGCAUUACUUCCAGAAUACCCAGGGCCUUGUAUUUGUGGUAGAUAGCGAUGAUCGUGAAAGAAUUCAGGAAGGAGCAACUGUACUGCAGAACAUGCUCCAGGAAGAUGAGCUGCAAGAUGCAGUGCUGCUGCUGUUUGCAAACAAACAGGAUUUGCCAAACGCUAUGCCCAUCGGUGAAAUGUCAGGUAAGUUGGGUCUUCAGUCUCUUCGGAACAGAACAUGGUAUGUUCAAGCCACUUGCGCUACACAAGGAAAGGGUUUGCAUGAAGGUCUAGACUAG